AUUUUGGAAUUUAUUAUUUAUUUUCGGGUUUUAAAAUAGCUUGAAAUGAGCGACAUGAGCGAACAAAGUGUUGAAAUUGCUUCUUCACAACUUGGAACCAAGGAUUUCUGGGAUCAACGAUACGAGUUGGAACUUAAAAAUUUCAAGCAACACGGAGAUGAGGGAGAGGUGUGGUUCGGAACAUCGUCUGAAACACGAAUCGUAAAAUAUUUAAUCGAUUCGAAAACCGGCAAAGAUGCAAAGAUUCUUGAUUUGGGAUGUGGAAAUGGAUCGGUUUUGAGGAAAUUGAGAUCGAAAGGAUUCCAGAGUCUGAAAGGUGUUGAUUAUUGUCAAAAAGCUGUUGAUCUUUCUGCAGCCGCUUCGAAAGCUGAGCGAGAAGAGGAAGAAGACGAAGAAUUAGUAGAUAUUGAAUUUGAGCAAUUGGACAUAACCACACCGCCAGCCGACUUUUUCUCCUCGAAAUUCGAUGUAAUUCUCGAUAAAGGCACAUGGGACGCGAUGAGCCUAUCCGAUGAACGAGAAGCUCGUCUGAAAGCCUACUUGGGUUUUCUUGAUAAUGGUCUGAGCGCUGGCGGUCGAUUUGUGAUAUUCUCGUGUAAUUUCACUUUCGACGAGAUGUGCUCGCAAUUCGGUGGCGGCGGCGGCUCAACAAGUCUAGAGAUCGUGUGUGAAGUACCAGCAAGUCACAGCUUCUCGUUUGGCGGAAAACAAGGUGUCACUUCAACGGGUGCCGUCUUCCGGAAGAAGACUCUAUAAACACCUCUCCUCUGUGUUAUUGUUGUUGUUCAUUUCUUUUCCCCCUUCCC